CUGCUGGCCUUCGAGAUGGGCUUGACUCCUUAGCCUUGAUUUCUUCAAUUGUCCCUCCGCAUAUCAACUUUUAUUAAAGAAACGCCCGUUCGCGAUGACAUUUGGAGGUGAAUUGGCAGAUGAGGUCAGCCAGGUGAUUUCAGAACUGGUUCCUGUGCGGGCUGACCGGCUUGCAAGUUUCAGUUCCUGUGCAGUACAGUAAAGCAGAGUGCUUUGGUCAGAGGAUUGCAAUGAAACCAGCUCAGGAGCGCAACCAGGAGUGCCUGCCUCCAAAGAAGAGGGACCUUCCAAUUAGUAACAGCAGUGGAGCUGGAGGGACAGCGGGAAGUGGGGCCGCAGCAGGAGGUGGGGGGAUUGCUGGUGGCAGUGCUGGUGGCUGUGUUGGAGAAGAUGAAGUGGUUUCCAUCCAGAACUCUGCACCCAACAGUGACACUCAGGGAGGAGCCCCAUCUGGAGAGUGGCUGCGAGCUCAACCAGGGCUUCACUAUGGAGUGGAAAAUUCAGACGGCAUACCAGCAGUGCCCGUUGACCAGUACAGUAUGCUCUACAAAGUGGCCCUUCCAUCUGUUACCUACGCACCUACCAGUCUUCACCCAGUGUUAAGCCACAUCUCUCCAGCCUACACGGUUCACUCUCCUCUCCUGCAGCAUCCAGGCCUUCCCUAUCCUCCUCUUGGUUAUGCACAGAUCCCUCAUUCCUCUCUCCAGUUUGUUAGCUCCCCUUAUGCAGCGGUACCGUACGCUCUACCCCCUGGCUUUGUCCCGGGAUCAUUAAUCUCUCCCUCAGGCACCAUCCCUCAGCCUCAUGCUGUGUCCCACCUGGUUCCCUAUCCAUCUGUCAUACAGGAGGGCGUUGUCUCCCCUCCUCCCCAGGCCCAGGUAGCUGCUCAUACCUUUGCCAAAGUUGCAGCCUCAAGUGGUGUCCCGCUGAUGCUGCCUUCAGAGCAAGCUGCCCAGCAGCACCUUGGUACUGUUGGAGUCCUGCCUGCAGCAGAGCUCAGCUCUCGAGGGAUGCCAGUCUUCUACCAUCCUCAGGGUGCCAGGGCCACUGCCACCAGAGACUGUCACAGUUCCCAGCAGGAGAACGAACCAGAGAUGAAUGGAGGGGAUAAAGAGCAGGGAGCCAGAGAGGUUGUACCAGAAUCUGCCUACACUGCCAGAAAUACACGUCUGCCGCAGGUAGCAUCCAUCUCUGCAGCACAGGAACAUAGCCAAGACAAAGUCCUGCACAGCCGAAGGCUAGAAGAGAGAGGCUCACCUGGUCAGCGCAGCACUCCAGACAGCGACCUGGAGGUGCAGCAGGUGGUUGGCCGUUUGGCUUCCUCUAGCCAAGGAGGAAGUGGAGUGCGGAAAGAAGUCUCCUUUGCUCCCUUGAACCUCUCUCAGGGCGGCCAGAGAGCCAGAGAUGUCCACGGAGAGAGCAAAGGUGUCAUUUCUGCCCGGACUGGGUACACGGCCCAGCCAGCGAGUUACAGUGAUCACAGAGUGGCCGGUUUGCCGCAGCAGACGGGACAACCCGGCCAUGCAGUCAUGCUGGCCAACGGACAACCGGUUCUUAUCCCGCUGGAGUAUCACCCGCACCAAGCGCCACAGCAACACUACCCAGGACAGGCUAACGAUGCCUCAGCCAGCCAUGCUUCUGCCACCAUGGCCUCCUCGAGCUCAAGCUUUAAAGCCUCUGAUUCUUUAGCCAGAGUGUGCCUCCCCGAAAGGGCGGAGCCAACCACAGCUCAGCAGCAGCAGCUUCCCCUGCAGCCUCCGGUCCAGCCUACAGCAGAGAUGACUCAGGCCUUAGCUUCAAGCCUCGCUCCUGCCUCGGCUCCCUGCAACCCGUCGCACUUCAUGAAGGGGGCAAUUAUUCAGCUGGCAACUGGAGAGCUGAAGCGUGUGGAGGACUUGCAGACUCAGGAUUUUGUGCGCAGUGCCGAGGUGAGCGGGGGGCUAAAGAUCGACUCCAGCCUGGUGAUGGACAUCCGUCCCAGCCAGCAGAGACCAGGUCUAGUGUCGCUUCACUUUACUGUGGGAGAGCAGCAGAGCAAAGUGACCAUAGAUGUGCCCCCGGAGCACCCGUUUUUUGUAUUUGGCCAGGGAUGGUCGUCGUGCAGCCCUGAACGCACGGCACAGCUUUACGGCUUGGCCUGCCAUCAUCUACAGGUUGGAGACAUGUGUGUGUCCAUCACCCUGCAGCAGCAACUUCAGCCACAGCAGCAGAAACAACCGCAGCACCAUCAUUCACAGCAGCAACAACAACAGCAAAACCUGUCCAGGACUUUGAGUAAAACCAAUGCGACUGGACCUGGUCACCAGCUCAUGGGGCCUCCUGCUCCUCAGCAGUCACGGCCUCAGUCUCAUUUCAGAAUGGACCGCAUCCACAGAGAAAGACAGAGGGAUGGAGAGAAAGAGGUGGUGGAUAAGGAGGAAGCCACACAUCUGGGGGCUGUUGGGCACACCGAGUUGCCCAUCCGACCCAGUAGGACCUCGGCAGAGCAUCCAAGAAGCCAGAGCAGUUAUCACUUGCACACAGAGGGCUCUGCUUUUGCAGAAGCAGGCAUAGGAGCGAUGCAGGCAGCACUAGGUGCCUCUCAGAGGCGGUGGUCCUCACCUGGCCUCCAAAGAUACAGUAUGAAGGGAGACGAAGGGCCACGCCCUCAGAUAAUCACCUCCGGCCACACAAGGCCUUCUUUCAUCCCCCAGGAGGUCAAACUGUCCAUUGAGGGGCGCUCUAAUGCAGGGAAGUAGCAUCACAUCUGGUAGCAACUAUAGAAGAGACUGCCACGAGUAAGAAUGAGUCUGACAAGGAGAGAAAGAGGAAAAAAAAAAAAAGUGCGAAUGUAGCCUCAGAAUGUUUGAGAUUUUGCACACCUGAAAUAUACAAAAAUACAAGAUUGAUGUCUAUCUGGUGAGAAGUUCUGGUUUGGUUUUCACUCAGCCAAAGGAUACCAGGCUUUGGGUUCCCAGCCAGCUGAGGUCUGACAGGGACGGGAAGAGCUGAGUCGAAAGUAUGUAGCUGAUGAAAUGCCUACCAUAGUCCUUACACACUGCAUUUCUCUUCCUCCCUCCCUCCUAUUGUCUCCACUUCCUCAUAUAACCAUACUAGGAGGUCACCAUCACAUUCACUCUCGCAUUCUAGCUUCUUUUUGACCAAACAGUCUCUUUGGAAGACCACAGACUACAAAAAAAUGUGUGUGUAGCACAUUAAAGCUACCAACUCUGCAGGUUCUGAUGUAUUCAAAAGAUCACAGCCAGUGAUCUCGUAUCUCCUCCACCUCUAAGAUCCUGUUUCCCUCAAAAGCAUUUACCCAAAAAAGAAUGGAGUUGCUGACAUCAGCAGCUCCCGUGGUGAUGUUGGCACUGUUGACGCUGUCAGUGUACGUUACAUUAUGCCUCUCCAGCAGGAGUCUGAAAACCUUCGCCGUCAGCAGAGACGCUCUUCCCCCCCUGCAGUAGGUCGACCUGCAAAGAUUGGGAUCCUCUCUCAGGCCAAGUGUGGAAUAUCCCGCUUGUCUUACAAUCAAGUUAGUGACAAAUCAAUCAGUUUGUCUGUUCAGCAAUCACAUUCAUUACACGCCCUCUAGUUCAGGCUCAGGGGCCCUAACGUACGUGGGUGCAUUUGCAUAAACGGCGACGGUUGGAAUCAUGUCUUGUUCUCAGUGGUAACGGAUGUCUUGCACUCCAGUGUCAUCAGUGAGACUAUCAUGUAGAGUUUUUCAUUUCCUCCCUGCUCGCUGUACCUCAGAGCUUUCCCGACCCGACAGUUUUAAUGCAAUUUUUAAACAGCGCCAUUAAUGGAGGAGGCACUGGCUGGAUUUCACCAAAGCCGAGACAUUUCCCCGCCACAUCGCUGGCCGCACUGCCACACGAACCCCCCCAGAGCUCAGAGCGGGAUGAUCUUGUCGUUUGCCUUGUAGAGAACGUCUGUGUGUGAGUGAAGCAGCGACGAAGCGUUCUAAACUAGUCGUCGCUCACGUACCAAAUUGAAGCAAUAGUUGUUUUUCCAGCACGUGGCUUUACCGCCCUGUGCUCCCCGUGGGCCGUAGAGCAUCUCUGAGGUGCUGCGAUCUCACCCUCUCGCCCUGUUUUUGACCCAACUCUUAAGGUGAUGCACUAUUUUGGUGUUUUUUUUAAUUUAAUCGUUCUGCAUGAAAGAAGCAAGCCAUUGUAGAUGAACUUCCUGUCGGUCUCCAUCUCACUGAUGAUAUUUAAUCUCGUAUGGAUUUACUGAAGUGCAUCUCCAACAGAGGCCUGACUCUAAUUAAGUUGUGACCAUUUAUCAAGUUAGUUUGAUCUUUUCACAGUAUACAGUCUUUUGCUUUUGUACAGGGGUUUCCUUUAUCCAGCGGAUCUUAAGAUUGUCUUGUGUUGCACAUCGCAGAAGUCGCCCACAGAUUUCACACUGACCUUGAAAUAGGAAUCACAGUACACUAGAUGUGUUUUUUUCUCUUUUUUUUUUUUUAAAUGAAGGGAAUACGUUUGAAGUCGUCGGUGUUUUGUGGCGAAAGAAAAAAAAAAACUGACUCGCAUUUCUAACUCUGUUUACAAAUUAGCCAAGACGAAUGCUGCAGUUUCUUCCUUCUCACGUAUUUUUUUUCACCUUUUGUCACUGAAAAGAAAAAAAAAUAAAAAGGGUGAAAUUAAAAAUAAGUGCAAUUAGAUCACACGUGAAAUCAUUCAGAGGUUAAUCGGACGACAUUCCUUAUGCAGACAUUCCCAUCAGAAGUCACACGAUACCAGAUUUCUUUUUGUUUUUUUUGUUUUUCCUGCCGUGGACUUACCUCUGGCUAAACUUUGGAUCGCUUUUGAAUAUUUGGUGCAUUUUUCUGUUGUGUCUCCUCUGGCUGGAUGUGCUCGGACAGGCACACCAGUCGGUCGUCUGAUUGACGCGUCGGUCCUGUAAACCUCUGAACCACCAUCAGGGACAGACGCUGUUGUGUUUGUCCCUGAAGGCGUCGCGGUUCAUCGAGUACACAGCCUGACCUUCUGUGAGCAGGUAGAGAGGCCAUGAGCCCGGACUGUCAUCCUCCUCUCUCACAGCUUUAACGAACAGGUUCACAUUUUUCAAAGCCUUUAAACAACUCUCCUGUGCACAUGCAGAACAACAACGACUCUUCCUGUCCACGGCGGCUGUACAGAGAUUCCUUCUUGAUGCUUAAGAGAUGCGCGACAAAAUCCGCAGCGAUGCAUAAUUCAGGAGACGCAACUAGACAAUUCAGCUGUGCAUCUCUCAGAGUUGUAGUUAUUGUUAAUUCAUUAAACGGUUUGAUCCUCCCCCUGCAGCUCAACAUCAAAACACCGCAACCUCAGAUUGUCGAAGCCUCAUUUUAGCUUCAGCUCAAGUUUAAAAUGUGGAUUUUUGUUCCCCUUCGGAGGAAUCUCUUUGGGGCCGGUGUGGACAGGAGAAACUCUGACACUUUAAACCUCUUUGCAGCCACCAGGACCCGUUGAAGCUGCUGCAAAAUAGAUUAGCAUUGUGCAUAAAGGUAUAAAUGUUUAAAGGGUCGCCACAAAGGGUUAGAUCUGUAAGAUUCUCCACAAUUCAAGUCCUCGUUUAAAGGAAGUAGUCUGAAAUUUGACGCAGGUGUGGUUGACAAAUUGUAGAAAACGUAGUGAUUUCUUGCAUAAAGCAUGGAGCUAAUUAUUCAUAUUCAAGUGGAGUAUAUCAUAUAAAUCCAAUCUAGUUUGAACCGAUGUUGUAUUUUAGCCACAACAAGCCCAAUUUCAGAAACUAGAGGAUGCCUAAACAAAGCCUCACACAUUUGCACUUCAUAGUUCUUCUAGUACAAUCAACUCUGUUAAAAUUAUUGUGAGUAAAUCCCAUGAGAAGUUGUGGAUGUUAAGAGGUCAGGAACUGUUUCGGUGUGCACGUGGAUUUGUUGGUACUGUAUGAAGUCAGGCUUGGAAAAAUGUGAGCCUACAACACAUCUUACCACCAGACCGUCAGCGUUUCGUUUUUCUUCUCCCACGCUGUAAGCAAUAUACAUAACAGCUGACCACAUUUCACGUAGUCUUGGCAUGUUCUAUGCAGUAAACUCAGUGUUGUACCCUCCGUUGUCUUAAGCGCAGCUCUCUGAAGCAGCAGGGCAGGUCGGCUGGUGCUGACGUCUGCUUGUAGGAUUUGCUUUAAAUUUCCCUUUUCAUAGGAAUUCAAAGCAGUAUUUCUUUUUUGUUUGUUUGCUUUGCGCUCGGUGAUCCGUAUCUAAGUAUAGCACAGCGCCGAGUGACAGAUCAGGAAACUUUGGUUGUUUUCUUACGAUGAUGCCACACAGUCGAAGCCAAAUCACUCGAGACGAGCAAAUUGUGUUUGUCCAUCUUUAGGUCAAGAUGCACUCGAUGGGAUUGAAACGGUGCAAGCAGUGCCACCUGUGACUUUACCUCCUGUUGAUUCUCACAGCGAGACCAUCCCGUGCUGCGUUUUUGUUUUUUUGUUUUCCCCGUUCAUGUCCUCUGCUUUGAGAAGCGUUUAGCAGGAAAAGUUUUACCAAGAUGUCUGAUCAGUUUUUAUCCACAUCACUGAUAGUCUGUUGCUGUAAGUAAUUGCACUAAAUGCCCUCCUUUACAGUGUUUUUAAAAAUGAAAUCUGUUGGUAAAUUGAAGCGUUUCGAAAUGUAAAGCACACGAAAUCAUGGAGAAAUCACAGGUUGUGUGUUUCUGUAGAUAGAUGUUUUUUUCUUUUUGUACAGAUAGCUUUGAUGAUGCUUGUUGAUAAUGCCUUAAAUUCCGCUUUGUACAAUGUGUGAAACUGAGAUAAUGGAGUAAUGCUUCUGGUGGACUCGGUGUUCCCUUUUCAGGCUGCACGAGGGCAGAUCAGAGAACGUCAAGCCUCGACACUCACUGAUAUUCAUAUUUAGACGUCUCAGAGGGUGUCAGUGGAUUCUCUUUGGGCUCCAGGACGGUUUAACAGUGAAAUCUACAACUUCUUAUUUGUUUACUGUUUUUUUUUUUUUUUACCCAGUUUUCUGUUCCGUUACAUUUUUAAUACAUUCUUUAUACUUAACAUUUAAUUCCUGUUUUUCUUUUUUUUUUCGAUAUAUGGAAAUAAAUGGAAGCUCUCCUCUGCACUUUUUUUUUAAACCAGCGGACGGCGCUCCAUCGAUUCCACACAUGACAAACAGAUCUAUUGGUUUCUAUUGUUGUUGCACAAGAUCUGUAGGUUGUUGUUUUAAAAAAAUAUCCCUAGAAUUAAUGGAUUGUGUUUGGCAUCUCCGUCAAAGAGUCUCCGGACGACAGAAGUUUGACUAAACGGAGACGGACAGGACGCACAAACCCGAUAGCUUUUCCACUGUUGUGAUGGUUUGUUCUGUUUCGUGACGUCGCUAGCGGGGACUUUUGCGUGAACUACUUCCCCCUUGAUCCCGUAUCGAAGGUGAAUUGAGGACGGUUUCGGUGUUGCUGAAUUAAAUCAGGAGAAUGGUUAAAAGUUUUAAAAAGAAGUCUGUGUAUUUUCAGAUUUGACAUUGUACUUUUUAUUUUUCGCACAAGGUGACACUGCUUUUCAUGUGACGUGUAACUUAUCUAAAAAAACAAAAACAA